AUUUGGCGGUGUUUUAUUAUCAGUGUAAAAAAAAGAAAGAACCCUAUCAUCAACAACCACUAAAAAAAACCAUGGAUGAAGAGGGUAUCGGGUUAGUACUUGCUCGAGCUUCGGAGCUCCGAUCCAAAAUCUCUAAUUCCAUCCACAAUUUUCAAGACCCAACAACAGAAACCACACAACAAGAAGUUGCUGAUGAUGAAGAUGAAGAUGAAUCCGAAAGCCUUUUGAACAUUCGAGAUUCCCUCGAAGCUCUCGAAGCUCAACUUUCUUCUUUGCAGGCAUUACAACAACAACAAUGGUAUGAAAAAGAAGCAUCUCUUGCUGAGAUCGAUUAUAGUCGCAAAAAGUUGCUAGAAAAGCUAAAAGCAUACAAAGGUGAGGAGUUGGAGGUCAUACACGAAGCUACUGCUUUUGCCAGCUCAACAGUAGAUAUGGAAAACAACGAUCUUCUUCUCCCCCCUUACCCAACCCGUCCAACUACAUCUUUAGCCUCCGAGAAUGGUUAUCUGUCACAUUUCUCUGUAACAAACAAAAUCCCUCACAAUGACCCUCCAACUAGUGAUCCAGAGGGUAGCGUCCAAUCAACUUCCGAAAGCUCAUUGAAAGGUUUGAAACAAAUUAUUGGGGCAGCUGUAAAGACGGCAUUUACCUUUGUUGGUUUUGUAGCUGUUAUGCAUUUGUCUGGUUUUGAACCAAGGCUCAAUAGAAGAUGGAAUGAAUCCAAAGUUUUGGGUAUGGGUCAAGAACAGGGGAAUGAAGAAAUCAAGGAAACAAUGGCCAAGUGUCCACCUGGGAAGGUUCUGGUUGUUGAAAAUGGCAUAACACGCUGCCUUGUGAAAGAAAGAGUGGAAAUCCCAUUCAAAUCCGAUGUUACAUUACCUGAUGUAAGUUAUGGGUGGGGGUAAACAAGUCUUUUUUUUUUAUCUAAUCAUUUGUAUAUCCGGUUUCAUGUGGAAACACUGCUAGUAAAUUUUUAGGAACUUCAUCAAGGACAUUGAUUUGAUGAUCAGUUAUAAUAUGAGUUUUAUGGUUCAGUUUGCUCACUGAA